UUCGACACCAGCAUGACUGACAAAGAUCACCAACGCCCAGGAAGAGCCAGUAGGAAAUGAGUGGUGUAGAGAGAGGAGUGUGCUGCUGAGAUAGAGGAGAAUCCCCAUAGCGCAACACUGCCAGCAUCGUCUCUCCUGUCCUGUCUCCCCUCCUGACGCAUCAACCUGUCCUGGAUUUUACCCAGCCGUUCCCUCAAGACUUUCCUUCUAUUAUAGCUUGUUUUUUUCCUUCCUUACUUUUUUUAAAAGCAAGAAAAUGGCAACACGGAUCGACAAAGAUGCUUGCAGGGACGCGUACAACCUGGUCCGGGAUGAUAACACAGAUAUAAGCUGGGCAGCCUUUAAGUAUGAUGGGGCAACAAUUGUGCCAGCAGGACAUGGGACGGAUUAUGAAGAAUUCAAAAGCCAAUGUACAGACGACUCCCGUCUGUUUGGUUUUGUGAGGAUCACAACAGGAGAUGCCAUGAGCAAACGGGCUAAAUUCACCCUCAUCACCUGGAUCGGGGAGAAUGUGAGUGGACUUCAGAGGGCUAAGAUCAGCACGGACAAAACGCUGGUGAAAGACGUCUGUCAGAAUUUUGCUAAAGAGUUCAUGGUGAGCGAUAUUCGGGAGCUGGAAGAAGACUACAUCCGAAACGAGCUGAAGAAGGCUGGUGGUGCCAACUAUGAUGCUCAGGCAGAAUAGAUUCUAGCAGAUAGGAAUGGGAUGGGGGGAUGUCAUCAAAACUGGGUGAAAGAGUAGGGUAAACUUUUCAUCUCACACCCUCCUUAAACACCUACUCACACACACACACACACAUACACACGCACACACACACACACACACACGCAAGCGCACGAGCACACGUUUCUGUCCUUCUUCCAAUGUGGUCAUGAUUGGUUUAUCUGCUGUACUGUGCAUCAUCUCACACUCAUCUUGAGUGCAGACCUUGUUUUUUGUGUUUAGUAUAACAUCUAUAACUGGAGUUUGAGUCAAAGAGGAUCUUUUUGUUCUUGAUUGGACCUGACAAAGUAACAUUCUUGAACAAUGAAGUUUCAUUCAACUCCUGGGUUUCUUCCACAUUGUUUUUGUCAUUGUUAUUCCAUAUCUAAAUACAGACCACUGUGUUUACGGCCUUAAUCUCCCAUGGAGAGAGGUGCAUCACUUGAUGUAUGCGUUUGUCUAAACGUGUACGAGUCUGUAUGUUUGCAGACGCUGCACUGUGACUCACUCUGCUCCAGGUGAUUUUUGGGAUUUCAGACACCUUAUUUACCUGCUAGCAGAUUCAAUGUGCAGGCUGUGGUGUUGUUGCUCAGCCUGACUGUGGAGCAGUAAUUUCUCUGGUGUAGCCUUUCUUUUAGUCAUUUAAAUUGAAAUUAAUUCAGUUUUUCUUAAUUUGUAGUCAUUCAAAAUAUUAUGCAGCAAUUUUUUGUUUCAAACUGGAAGAUGUCAACAAAGAAAGAAAACAUGUCAUGUGCACAAACUCUAUGAAUCAUUUCAAAAUAAAAGAUUUUUUUUUUUUCAAAAA